UGGUCAGUUUCUUCGGAAAUCUUAUGAUAACAUAUGUUCUGUGCAAAGUGGAGGAGAGUUUUUAUCGUCAAAAGCGAACAUCAGAUGGGGACACCAUCAACAUCCUGUCUGAUGGAAAAAUGACCGUAGUGACGUUUCUAGGUUCAUCUGGACGACUUGAAGAAUGUACUAUAAUUCCAGAUAAUGCAACAAUUGCUAGGCAAUUGUUCAAGGAGGCUAUCUCAUCAACUAAAAAUGAGAAUGUUAAAUACCAAAUGCUAGAAACGGAUGUCAGAAAAUUGGGAAGAAAAUGUCGAAAAUACAUCAGGGAUACGAGAAGAAAAAAAGAAAGCCAACGCUCUGAAACUGAAGCUAAUUUGUUACGCCGUUUAUCAUUGGACAAUACUUUACCAGGAACUAAGUGGUGUACAAGACAAACUAGGCCUAAAUAUUUGAAAGAUUUGGGUGACCGAAAAAAAUUGGAUAGCUGCUGCAGAGACUUCCAUACCAGCUCUGAUGUCAUUCCCCCUUUUAGCGAACGGCAUCAUUACUUCAACGUCUUUCCUUGGCCAAUCACAUCUUGCGAAAGUGCUAAGAAAUUUCGGAAAUGCCUCGAAGAUGAAGGAUCCGAAAGUUCCCUCGAGUUUGCCAAACUCAUGUUUGAUGUCGUUCGAUUACCUUGCUUCAAAAUACUGGAAAGAGAAAUAUGCGAAGAAUACGAAACAUGGUUCAAUGAAUGCAAAACUAAAAAGAUGCAGCGAGUAGCUGUCGAGGAGUAAGAAGUUAUCUCAGUGUUUCAUUUGAAACUGACAAAAGGAGACUGAACUAUAAUAGCAAUUUGCUUUGUACUAUCUUUGGGCUAAUCAAAGGAAGCUUAAUCUUUGGUUAUGUGAAAUGUAAUGUAGCGAAGUAUGUUCAUUAAUUAUCGGUUUUAAUCAUAAGUUUUAUAAAAACAAAAAGUGUGAUUGAAAAUAG